AUGCCUGCAGAGGUCAGAUCAGCUUUGGAUGAUAUCCUCGCAGGGAUGAGCGACGCGGACCAUGCUCUGCCAGUAUGGGAGGAAGUAAACAAGGACUCUGAAAUGCCGGAGUGUUUUAUCUCAUUCUCUCAGGAUCCAGCGAAAAGUUUCUCUCACACAAAGCGGGUCGGAAAUUACUUAGUGGGUAAGAUGAUCAACAAAGGCUCCUUUGCUAAGGUGAUGGAAGGGCUGCACGUUCCAACAGGGGAAAAGGUGGCCAUCAAAGUGAUUGACAAGAAGAAAGCAAAGCAGGACACGUACAUACAGAAGAACAUGAAAAGAGAACCUCGCAUUCACCAAAUGAUCAAACACCCCAAUAUCGUGCAACUCUUUGAAACACUGGAGACUGAGAACUCCUACUACAUGGCAAUGGAACUAUGCCAAGGGGGAGAUCUGAUGGACAGAAUAAGUGAAAAGAAAAAGCUUGAAGAAAGGGAAGUGAGAAAAUACACCAGGCAGAUUCUGUCAGCUGUGGAACACCUCCAUCGCCAUGCCAUAGUGCACAGGGAUUUGAAAAUAGAAAACUUUCUCCUUGAUGAAAAUAACAACAUUAAAAUCAUUGAUUUUGGAUUAAGCAACACUCUGAAGAAUGACAGCCAGGAAUUAUUGAAUACACAGUGCGGGAGUCCAGCCUAUGCUGCCCCAGAGCUCCUGGCUCAUAAGAAAUAUGGUCCCAAGGUGGAUGUCUGGUCAAUUGGGGUCAGUAUGUUUGCAAUGCUCACUGGCACGUUACCAUUCAUUGUAGAGCCAUUUAACAUCAAACUGCUGCAUCAGAAGAUGGUAAAUGGAGACAUGAGUUCCAUCCCAUCAGAAAUUUCCUCAGGAGCUGUUCAUUUCAUGCUCUCGUUGCUCGAGCCUGAUCCAACCAAACGCCCCUCUGUGAAAGAAGCGAUGGAGGAGAAAUGGUUAAAUGAAGGCUUUUUUCGAAGGCCACUGCAUUCAGUUGUUUACAAGAAUAGACUUCGUUCUGAUGAACUGAACUCAGUGGUUUUGAACUUUAUGACUGAGAGGAAAGGCUUUGGCCUGAUGGAGAUUGUUAACACAUUGAUCAAUAACAGGCCAUCCCCCAGCAUGGCAACUUAUUAUUUGUUACUGCAGAAGUUGGCACGACACCAAAAGGAAAUAAAAAACAAGAAGAAAAUUGAAUCAAGCGAGUGGAAUUUAUCAUCCGAGGAUCUGCGGAUUGAUCAUAUAGAAAACAACUCCCUAAGUAAAAGGCUAACACAGAGAGAAAAUGAAACAGCAAAGCAAAGCAAGGAAGUAGGGGGGAGAAUUUCAGGUGAAAACCUACCAUCAGAAUCCCAGGAAACUAGGAAGGAUACUGAACAGUCACAUCAGGAGGAUCAGAAGAACUCAGAGACACGUAAAAUGCAGCAGGUGCAAAGUCCCACAACAAAAGAGGUGAUUAAAGACGAGGAGAUCGCAAUCUCUUUGGAAAAACAUAACAACUAUUUCCCAGAAGUUUCUAAAUUUGCAAACAGGGAACUUGUGCACUUGCAUCUUCCUUCCUCUAGACAUGCAUCUGACCAUGAUGGCUCAGACUGUCACGGUAAAUCAGAGGUCUCCCAAUGGACUGUUGCUGCUAAAAGACAAGAUCAUAAGGAACAGAUACAAGAGACUCAUUUGCAACCAAUAAGUAAACAGGAUAUUGAAGAGAAUCACAAAUCACCAAUAUACAUCCCAGAUAAAGUUGCACACAGAUUUUUGAUAGAGUCCAAAGGAUAUUCUAAAGCUCCAGCAGCCCAUCAUGAAACCAAGUUUAAAGAUCUUCUUCGAGUUAUGGAAGACCAAGCAACAGCAGCACACUGGAGGUAUCAGGAGAAAGAUGGGCACAGUUUUGUAGUCAUUAAGACACCUCAAUUUUCCCAGUUGCCAAAACUCAAGCAUGGUAUUUACAAAGAUGACCUUCGUAAAAAAAUCAGCUGGGUCCAAUCUCCUCGACAUGGAACAAAUAGGUCAUCCCCUUUUUUGGUCAGUGGUGCCAGGCAGCCACUAUUCCCACCUUCUCGCCAGCAGACUCUAAUAGUCAAGAGCUUGCGUCAGUCAAAGGAGAAAACAAAAGCUUCUGUCACGAACAACAUAUUCAGAAGGAACUGCAUUCAACUUAAGGCAGCUCAGAAACCUACAGGUUUAAACCUACCGGUUUUGCCACCAGCAUUUCAGUCAAAGUCAGACAAAAAGGGUGAAAUUCUAAAGCCCGACUUUGUGUGA